CUGCACAAGUGCCGGUCAAAGUUUGCAUCUUUUCUAUGCCGUGGAUUUCGGUGUCUAAACUUUAUACACUGGUUAUAUGGUCCACCAACUUUGAUACAAAUUCUUCAAAAUCUCUGCAACUCUGUUUCUUUUCUUUUUCUUCUCCAUUUUCCAUUCAAUCUUCGAAAAUGUUGCUACCUCAAUCGCCCUCUAAAUCCCAGUCGUCUUCUCGGUUGAUAAACCUCGUCAUAAUCUCAUCUUCUGUCUUCACGCUCUUUCUUCUUGUGUCAUUCUUCCUUGUAUUUACCAGCUCCAAGCUUGCACAUAUCAGCUACUUAUCUCAAGAUGUGUACUCCUCGCCACCAACCUCUCUUGAGCACAUUGUGUUCGGAAUUGCUUCGAAUCAGCAGUCGUGGUCAGCUAAGAGGAAGGAGUAUGUCAGGCUCUGGUGGAAGAACCCCAUGAGGGGAUGCGUGUUUCUUGAAAGCCUUCCACCUGGUCAUGAACAUCAUGCCAAUGAUACUUCUCUUCCUCCAGUAUGUAUCUCAGAGGACACUUCCCGAUUUCGUUACACUUACAAAGGUGGCAUGAGGUCUGCUAUCCGUGUGGCACGCGUUGUUUCGGAGACCGUGGCACUCAACCAUUCGAAUGUGCGGUGGUAUGUUUUUGGGGACGAUGACACGGUUUUCUUUCCGGAGAAUUUGGUGAAGACACUUUCUAAGUAUGAUCAUAGGCUGUGGUACUACAUUGGGACAAACUCAGAGAUCUAUGAGCAGAACAGAAUUUUUGGAUUUCAAAUGGCUUAUGGUGGUGCUGGUUUCGCUAUAAGUUCCCCUUUGGCAAAAGUAUUGGCAAAGGUGUUUGAUUCAUGUAUAGAAAGAUAUCCUCAUCUAUAUGGAAGUGACUCCAGGAUCUCCUCUUGCUUGGCAGAGCUUGGCAUUGGCUUAACUCAGGAGCCUGGCUUCCAUCAGAAUGAUAUUCAUGGAGAUACAUUUGGUCUGUUGGCUGCGCAUCCAUUAACACCCUUGGUAUCUCUGCAUCACUUGGAUCACAUAAACCCUGUCUUCCCCAACAUGACAACUAUCAAGGCUCUGCAACAUUUGUUUAAGGCUGUGAAUGCUGAUUCUCAGAGGGUUCUACAAAAAACAGUUUGCUAUGACAGAUGGUUUUCAUGGACCAUAGUAGUGUCAUGGGGUUAUGCUGUUCAAAUUCAUGGAAACCAUAAGUUUCUGCCGGACGUCCUCCCCGUGCAAGAGACGUUCAGCCAGUGGAAAAAGGGAAGUGUUCUGUCAAGAACUUAUACUUUCAACACAAGAGAACAUCCCAAGGAUCCGUGUCGAAGACCGGUUGUUUUCUUUCUGGACAAUGUGUCCUCUGCUGGGGAUGGGAUCAAGAGCAUCUACAAAAAGUCCUACGAAAAUUGCACCUCUGACAUGGGUUCGCCGAGGAAGCUGGAGGAGGUCAGAGUGUACUCACAUAAGCUAGACCUUGAUAUCAAACAGUUGCAGGCUCCAAGAAGGCAUUGUUGUGACAUAUUACCUUCUACAGGUGGCCAAGUGAUGGAUAUUGGAAUCAGAGAAUGCAAAGAUGAAGAAUUAAUAUACAUGCACCCAUAGGAGUCUUUCAUACAGGCAUAUAGCUGUAUCACAGGCAAUCCAUUACAGACCAUUUUAUUAUACAGAUGUAAUUGGUCUUAUCAAUCACGAAUUGUUGUAGAUGUUAGGAAACUUGAUAUUCUUAUCUCAUGUACUUCGUAAAUUGAGGAUGCCAUGUACUCUUCAUUGGAAUC